AUGGCAACCUCGGCGGUUUUUAUUCUGGAUCUCAAAGGAAAAACUAUAAUAUCGAGAAAUUAUCGCGGUGAUGUAGAUAUGAGCGCUAUUGACAAGUUUAUUACACUUUUGAUGGAAAAAGAGGAGGAAGGUUCAAUGUCACCAGUUAUAACCCACCACGAUACCAAUUUCGUGUUUAUCAAGCAUGCAAAUAUAUACUUGGUGUCUGUUUGUCGCUCGAACGUCAACGUCACAAUGAUUCUCUCCUUUUUAUAUAAACUCAUCGAAGUAUUUACUGAAUAUUUUAAAGACGUGGAAGAAGAAUCCGUUCGCGAUAAUUUUGUUGUUAUUUAUGAACUUCUUGACGAAAUGAUGGAUUUUGGAUUUCCACAAACUACCGAAAGCCGCAUUCUUCAAGAGUAUAUUACGCAAGAAGGCCAAAAAUUAGUUAACGCUCCUAGACCUCCUAUGGCUGUAACAAAUGCUGUUUCAUGGAGAAGUGAAGGAAUAAAAUACCGAAAAAAUGAAGUUUUUCUUGAUGUUAUUGAAAGCGUAAAUAUGCUGGCUAGCGCGAAUGGCACGGUUCUUCAGAGCGAGAUUGUCGGAUCUGUGAAAAUGAGAGUGUAUUUAACCGGAAUGCCGGAAUUACGUCUUGGUCUCAAUGACAAAGUUCUAUUUGAAGGCAGUGGACGUGGUAAAAGCAAAUCGGUUGAAUUAGAAGAUGUCAAAUUUCAUCAAUGCGUUCGUCUUUCUCGAUUUGACACCGAUCGCACAAUAUCCUUCAUUCCACCUGACGGAGCUUUCGAACUAAUGAGUUACCGUUUAACUACAGUUGUUAAGCCGUUAAUCUGGAUUGAGACGAGCAUUGAGAGACAUAGUCAUUCUCGUGUUUCGUUCAUUAUUAAAGCAAAAUCUCAAUUUAAACGACGCUCGACUGCGAAUAAUGUGGAAAUUAUUAUACCAGUAAAUUCUGAUGCUGAUUCACCGAAAUUCAAAACGAGUAUCGGGUCGGUCAAAUACACGCCUGAACAAAGCGCAUUUAUUUGGACUAUUAAAAGUUUUCCAGGAGGCAAGGAAUACUUGUUGACUGCUCAUUUUUCGCUUCCAUCUGUAGCCAGCGAAGAAUCGGAAGGCCGUCCGCCUAUUAAAGUGAAGUUUGAAAUACCUUACUUCACAACUUCCGGUAUUCAAGUUCGCUAUUUGAAAAUCAUCGAAAAGAGCGGCUAUCAAGCACUCCCAUGGGUGCGAUACAUCACUCAGAAUGGAGAAUAUGAAAUGAGAAUGAAAAAGGAACUCGAUGAAAGCAGUUGCUGGGAUGGUUCUGAAAAAGCUCAUAAUUAUCCAUUAAAUGACUUGAUCCCUAGUAAGAAUAUGUUAGAUAGAAUCGUUGAGGAUUUAAAGAAUCAAUGUUGUUCGACAUUUGUGAUCCCCAGCAAACAAUCCGAAGCACGCGUUUCGAUCGUUGAAAAUAUCGAAAAACUUUUAUCAUAUGGAGUGAAACCGGAAUUCGUCGUCGACGCAGCCGUCAAAAACCCACAAUUUUUUCGACAUCUCGUCACACUUCCAAAUGUUACUACUCAGAUCUUGGAAACUCUUGUUUCUGUAGCCUAUUUGACAUUUGAGGAUUCGAUUCGUCUUUUUACUAUGUUCCCUGAUGACUUCAUCCGAUGUGGUCCAGAUGGAAUAAUUGAACGUGUCGAAUCUCUCUCAGCAUGUGGUAUUACUUCUCCAAAAGUGACAUCGGAUGUUAUACGCAAAUGCCCAGCCUUAGCGUUUUCAAGGGAUGCAAUGGAAAUGCGCAAGUUUGUGGAGUCCAUCGGAUCAUUUUUCACACGCAAGCAGAUUACAACAUUAAUUUCACGAUCUCCUCAUAUUUUACUCAAAAAUAUCGAGGAAGUUGAGGAAAAAUACGAAUAUAUGUUUUAUCAGAUGGGAAUUGAAUCCGAUGAACUUUCCGAAAGCUCUGGUUGGAUUGAUGAACUAAAACUUUCGGGUAUUAUUCAGCGCCACCGGUUUUUAACUGUUACUGGAAAAUACCAAAUGCCUGAUCCGAAGCGUCCACAGCUUCGCAGAGACAAUCCAAAGGGUUCGCGGAUAUUUGAUACAAAUGACGAGGAUUUCGCGAGAAACGUUGCUGGCGUAUCACUUGAAGAAUGGGUUGUAUUCCAAAUGCUUCAAUUAAAGAUUGAAGAAAAUCAAGAAAAGGAACGACCAUUUGAACGCGUGAAGCCUUCAAAGAGAAAAGCCUAUGAGCGACGUCAUAAGCAACGUACACAUCACGGUGACCAUAUUUUCGACGUUUCGAUGUUAUCCGCCAGAGAAUGA